UUUGUUCUUCUAAUCACACCUCACAAUGUUGUCCUCUCGUCUCACCCGCGCGCUCCCGCGCACCACUCCUUUCGCUCGCGCCCCUGCUUUCAGAGUCCCCGGUGCUGCCGUUCGCAGAUGGAACUCCACCGAGGGUGGUGAGGAGAAGGUGAAGGGCCAGGUCAUCGGUAUUGACUUGGGUACCACCAACUCCGCCGUCGCCGUCAUGGAGGGCAAGACCCCCAAGAUCAUUGAGAACACCGAAGGUGCCAGAACCACUCCUUCCGUUGUUGCUUUCGCCCAGGACGGUGAGCGUCUGGUCGGUAUUGCCGCCAAGCGUCAGGCCGUUGUCAACCCCGAGAACACUCUCUUCGCCACCAAGCGUCUCAUCGGUCGCAAGUUCACCGACGCCGAGGUCCAGCGUGACAUCAAGGAGGUUCCCUACAAGAUCGUCCAGCACACCAACGGCGAUGCCUGGGUUGAGGCUCGUGGCCAGAAGUACUCUCCUUCCCAGAUUGGUGGUUUCGUCCUCAACAAGAUGAAGGAGACUGCCGAGAACUACCUCAGCAAGCCCGUUAAGAACGCUGUUGUCACUGUUCCCGCCUACUUCAACGACUCCCAGCGUCAGGCCACCAAGGACGCCGGUCAGAUCGCUGGUCUGAACGUUCUCCGUGUCGUUAACGAGCCUACUGCCGCCGCUCUUGCCUACGGUCUUGAGAAGGAGGCCGACCGUGUUGUCGCCGUCUACGAUCUUGGUGGUGGUACUUUCGAUAUCUCCGUUCUGGAGAUCCAGAAGGGUGUUUUCGAGGUCAAGUCUACCAACGGUGACACCCACCUUGGUGGUGAGGACUUCGAUAUUGCCCUUGUCCGCCAGAUUGUCCAGCAGUUCAAGAAGGAGUCCGGCCUGGACCUCUCCGGCGACCGCAUGGCUAUCCAGCGUAUCCGUGAGGCUGCUGAGAAGGCCAAGAUUGAGCUGUCUUCUUCUCUCCAGACUGAGAUCAACCUUCCUUUCAUCACUGCUGAUGCCAGCGGUGCCAAGCACAUCAACCACAAGAUGACCCGUGCCAGCCUCGAGUCCCUGGUUGACCCUCUCAUCAGCCGCACCGUUGAGCCCGUCCGCAAGGCCCUCAAGGAUGCCAACCUCCAGUCCGGUGACAUCCAGGACAUCAUCCUGGUCGGUGGUAUGACCCGUAUGCCCAAGGUCACCGAGUCCGUCAAGUCCAUGUUCGGCCGUGAGCCCGCCAAGUCCGUCAACCCCGAUGAGGCUGUCGCCAUCGGUGCUGCCAUCCAGGGUGCUGUCCUUGCUGGUGAGGUCACUGACGUCCUUCUGCUCGAUGUCACUCCCCUCUCUCUCGGUAUCGAGACCCUUGGUGGUGUCUUCACUCGCCUGAUCAACCGCAACACCACCAUCCCCACCAAGAAGUCCCAGACCUUCUCCACCGCCGCUGAUUUCCAGACCGCUGUCGAGAUCAAGGUCUUCCAGGGUGAGCGUGAGCUUGUCAAGGACAACAAGCUCCUCGGAAACUUCCAGCUUGUUGGUAUCCCUCCUGCCCACCGUGGUGUUCCCCAGGUCGAGGUCACCUUCGACAUUGAUGCCGACUCCAUCGUCCACGUUGCCGCUAAGGACAAGUCCACCGGCAAGGACCAGUCCAUCACCAUCGCCUCUGGCUCCGGUCUUUCCGACUCCGAGAUCCAGUCCAUGGUUGAGGAUGCCGAGAAGUACGGUGCUCAGGACAAGGAGCGCAAGGCUGCUAUCGAGGCUGCCAACCGCGCCGACAGCGUCGUGAACGACACUGAGAAGGCUCUCAAGGAGUUCGAGGACCGCCUUGACAAGGCCGAGGCUGACCAGAUCCGCGAGAAGAUCGCUACUCUCCGCGAGUUCAUUGCCCAGAACCAGUCCGGUGAGGGCACUGCCACUGCUGAGGAGUUCAAGCAGAAGACCGACGAGCUCCAGAACGCCAGCUUGACCCUCUUUGACAAGAUGCACAAGGCUCAGUCCGAGCAGCAGCAGCAGCAGCAGAGCGGCGAGGGCGAGAACAAGGCCUAAAUGUACAACCACUGAACCUCCCAUGACUUGAACAAGCCAUGGGUGUUACCUGUAUUUCACCUUUGCGUUAUUCCCUAGAGCCUUUCCUCUUUUUUCUCUCCGAUGUUUUAACACGCAUGAUAUGUAUACAUACCUGAUAGCUCUGACUGAUCUAUCCCUGUUCCGGUGUAUUGGUGUUUUUAUUUAC